AUGGAUACCCCCUCGCCCAAGAAGGGCGCCGCUGCCGCAUUGGCAUACCAAUAUGGAGGAAACGCCAAACCUCCCAUUGCCGUCAUCCCUGAAUCCUGGUACCCUUAUAUCCAACUUGCUCGCCUCUUCCCCCCAGCCGGCAUCUUCUUGAUCUACUUCCCCCAUCUGUUCGGCCUGUUGCACGCCGCCAUCAGAACUCAGGCUCCCCCACUCGCCGUCCAGCAGGCCAACGGCCUGCUGCUAGUCGGCAGCUUCUUCUUCUCCAACGCCAUCCACAUCUGGAAUGAUCUCCUCGACGCCGAUCUCGACGCCCAAGUCGAACGCACCCGAAACCGCCCUAUCCCCCGCGGAGCCGUGUCCAAGCGCGCCGCCUUCAUCUUCACCGUAUCCCAAACACUCCUUGCCGGUGUCCUGCUGGCUGGAUUCCCCGGCGGCUUCAUGGAGACCUUGGCGUAUGCCCUCCCCAAUAUCGUCGUUGCCGCCUAUUACCCGCUGGCAAAGAGACACACCCACGUCCCGCAGCUGGUGCUGGGCAUCUGGCUGGCUUGGGGUACUGUGAUGGGUGGGCUUGGACUGGGUCUUUACCCCUACGUCCACGAUAUCAGUGCGCCGCAGAUCGACUGGGCAACUGUGUACCUGGUCUCGGCGUCGCUGAUUUGGGCCAUUAUCUACGAUACUCUCUAUGCCCAGCAGGAUCUGCAGGCUGAUAAGAAGGCUGGCAUUAAGAGUCUGGCUGUGCUGCUUAAUGGCGAGACUAAGCGUUUGCUCUGGCCCCUUCUGGCUGCCAUGGCUACCCUGCUUGUCAUGUGUGGACGGGCGAGCGAGUUGGGAGCGUUCUACUAUGUUGUCAGUGUGGGUGGUGCUGUUGGCUCGCUUUCCUUGAUGCUUUUCAAGGUCGAUCUCAAGAGCUCGCAGAGCUGCUGGUGGUGGUUUAGCCAGGGCUUCUGGUCUGUCGGUGUGGCUAUCAGCGGUGGUUUGUUGGGCGAGUACUACUUGCAGCAGAAGCAGCUGACAAGUCUGUAA